AUGGAUGAAGCUCAAAUGGAUAUUUCUGUUGGAUCCACUCCUGCCGAUGUUGACAGGCCUAUGUCAGAUGUAGAAGAAACCACUCCUUUGGCUGUAAAUGAAUAUGAUGCCAUAGCCAACAAAAUUAUGCCUGAUCUCGGACAAGAAAUCGAAGACUUUAAAUAUUACACAUGGCAAGUCAACAGUUGGCGGAAUUUAGAAAAAAGAAUAACUGGUCCAGAAUUUGAAGCUGGCGGAUGGAAAUGGUGGGCUAUUUUUAAUUAUAUAUUAUUUGGUGCUCCUCAGGGUUGGCAUGCAUGCGUACAGUUCGCUUUAGUUUUAUGGAAUCCAGAAGAUCCAACACAUUACAUUCAUCAUCAUGCGCAUCAUCGAUUCACCGCUGAAGAGUCAGAUUGGGGUUUUACACGGUUUUACGAUUAUCGUAAAUUAUUUAAUCCAUUGGAAAAUCGAACGCGUGCUUUAAUCGAAAACGAUACGACUCAUAUUACGGCUUUCGUACGAGUAUUGAAGGAUCCUACAGAAGACGACGAACCAUGUAGAAGUGUUUCUUUGGCUUUACAAAGAGUUUUUUAUCAAUUACAGACAUCAAAUACUCCAGUAGGUACGACAGAGUUGACAAAAUCAUUUGGUUGGGAUUCGGAAGAAGCUUUUAGGCAACACGAUGUUCAAGAGUUAAACAGGGUAUUACAGGAUAAUCUCGAGGGAAAAAUGAAGAUGAAGAGUUAUAUCAAAUGUGUUAAUGUAGAUUAUGAAUCUUCUCGAGUUGAAGACUAUUAUGACAUUCAACUAAAUGUGAAAGGAUGUAAGACAUUACAAGAUUCUUUUAAGGAUUAUAUACAGGAAGAAACAUUAGAAGGAGAUAAUAAAUACCAAGCAGAAGGGUACGGUCUUCAAGAAGCCAAGAAGGGAGUAAUAUUUGAUAGUUUCCCGCCAGUUCUACAUUUACAAUUAAAACGAUUUGAAUAUGAUGUUCAAAGAGAUGCCAUGGUUAAAAUUAAUGAUCGUCACGAUUUUCCUAUGGAAAUUGAAUUGUCAGAAUUUUUAUCACCAGAAGCGGACAAAUCAAGAUCACAUCGAUAUUUACUUCACGGUGUACUUGUUCACAGUGGUGAUUUACAUGGUGGUCACUAUUUUGCACUACUCAAACCUGAAAAGGAUGGCAAAUGGUUCAAAUUUGAUGAUGAUAGAGUUACCCGAGUGACAGAUAAGGAGGUAUUGGAAGAUAAUUAUGGAGGAGAAGGUCCUAAUUCUAGUCCUUUACCCAUUCGACCUGGUACAAGAAAUUUAAAACGAUUCACGAAUGCAUAUAUGUUAGUAUACAUUCGUGAAUCUGAAGUUGACGAAAUUUUAGCUCCCGUAUCACCGGAAAAUGUACCAGAACAUUUAGAAAGACGCCUCAAGGAAGAAAAGGCAUUACAUGACCAAAAAAAAAAGGAGGCAGAAGAGCGUCAUCUUUAUUUACAAGUCAAGGUUGUAACAGCCGAGACAUUUAGAAAUUAUCAAGGAUUUGACCUGGCCAAUUUUGAUGAUCGCCAAUAUCCAUUAUCACCAGUUCCCCAAUAUAAGGUUCUUAAAAACGAUACAUAUGGUUCUUUUAAAGAAAGUGUUGCUAGAGAUAUUCAGGUUCCUGCUGAACAAAUACGAUUCUGGGUUCUUGUAAAUCGACAAAAUAAAACCGUACGUCCGGAUGCUCCAAUAUCUGACAAUCAUAUUAAUUCCACUAUGGAAGAAAUUCAUACAAAAAUGGCAUCACGACAAAAUGAAUUGAAAUUAUAUUUAGAAGUGGCUGACAAAUCAAAUAAUCCUAAGAAAUUAUUCCCACCGCACGAAGGAAAUGCUCAGAUAAUGAUUUUCCUUAAAUAUUUCGAUCCAGAUACACAAUCAUUAGAAGGUCUUAACCAUCUUUAUAUUCAAAAAUUUGGGAAAGUGGGUGAUAUUAUUCCUAUUCUUUGCGAAAAAAAGGAACUUCCACAGAAUACUCCCUUAAAAUUAUAUGAAGAAAUUAAACCUAGUAUGAUUGAAGAAAUGAAACCUAAAUCAACUUUUCAACAAUCAGAAAUACAAGACGGGGAUAUAAUUUGCUUUCAAAAGGUUUUAACCGAAAGAGAAAUUCAAGAGCAUAGUGCUGCUGGUCGUGUUGACAGUAUUCCUCAAUUUUAUGAAUUUUUAUCGAUGCGAAUUGUUGUUCAAUUCAAACCAAAACCAAAACCUAAAGAAGGUGAAAAUGUUUCCAAGUUUAAAGACCUUGAACCAAAACCUGAAUUCGAACUGGUUUUAAACAAGAAAAUGAAUUAUGAUGCCGCUGCUAGUCAAGUUGCUGCUCAUUUGAAUACUGAUCCGUUAAAAUUACGUUUCACGACUGCACAUUCUGGUACACCGAAAAAUGUGAUUAAACGAACUACCACUCAAACCUUAGCAGAAAUGCUUCAACCUUCAUAUUUGGCCCCUUCCGCCUAUCUUUUAUUUUAUGAAAUGCUUGAUAUUAGCAUUGUAGAAUUAGAAACAAAGAAAUUUUUUAAGAUUUACUGGCUUGGGACUAAUGUUAAAGAAGAGAAGGAAAUUAUUGAUGUUCGCCUUCAAAAGACUGCUCUUGUCAAUGAAAUCAUUGAAGCAAUUCUACAAAAGGUUACAUUAUCUAUUCCAAAUAACAAAAUUAGAUUAUAUGAAGUUAUGAAUCACAAGAUUCAAAAGGAAUAUACAGGAACUGAAUCAAUAGAUCGAAUACAUGAAUUUGUUACAUUAUAUGCUGAAGAGAUACCCGAAGAAGAACUUAAAGCAGAACCUAACGACAAAAUUAUUCAAGUAUAUCAUUUCACUAAAGAAUCAUUACGAACACAUGGAAUUCCUUUCAAGUUUGUAAUUAAAGCUGUAAUUCGACUUCAACAACGCCUUGGUAUGAAUGAAAAAGAUUUUGCUAAAGUAAGGGUUGCAGUUGUUCAGGGAGCUACAUACCCGAAACAUCAAUAUUUGGAAGACGACGUAAUUUUAUCGGAAAUUAAAUGGGGCAAUGAUGACUAUCUAGGGUUAGAUCAUGUGGAUAAAACUGGACGUGCUGGAAGGUCCGGAGGUGCCGAGAAGGCAAUUUUCAUUAGAGGUUAA